GCCGAGGCCCCCGAGCCGUGAGAGCGCUGAGGUUUCCGUGCUCCCGGCUCCCUGGCUCGCCCCGCGCCCCGCCAGCACGGGCCCCAUGCAGCGCUGUCUGAGAAUCAUGGUGCCGGAGGAGGGGAGCUCCGGCUGCCCGGUGCCCCGCCUGUCCUGGAUGUCGGUGCUGCGCUCUGCCGCGAUCCUGUCUCUUACCGGCAUAAUGGCAUACUGCUUCCUGCGCGUCCAGCAAGGGCAGCUCGAGCCGCCUAAGCGGGACAUGGCUGAGCUGCAGCUAAAUCAUACAGGACAGCGGCUGGACCACAGGCUGCGCUGGCAGGGAAGUCCAGCCUUGGGCCGCUCCUUCGUGGAUGGACUGGAGCUGGACGACGGCGGGCAACUGCGUGUCCGGCGCGGCGGAGUCUACAGGCUGCACAUCCAAGUGACGCUGGCCAACUGCUCCUCCUCCACGCGGGCCGCCAGGCCUCCCAGGGCCACGCUGACGGUGGGCAUCUGCUCCCCGGCCGCCCACAGCAUCAGCCUGCUGAGGCUCAGCUUCCACGGAGGCUGCGUGGCCGCCUCCCAGCGCCUGACGCCGUUGGCUCGCGGGGACACGCUGUGCACCAACCUCACGCUGCCUCUGCUGCCCUCCGCAAAUGCUGAUGAGACCUUUUUUGGGGUUCAGCUGGUGCACCCCUGACUGUUGCGCCCCCUGGCCCAGAUUCGUCGGGAGAGUGUGUUUUCUCUCUUUUUUUUUUUUUCCUGUCUCUUGUAGAAGCUUUUUUUUUUUGAUGUAUCUCUGUAAUAUAGUGACGUAUAACAUCUGAUCGGUCUUCUUCCUUGCUGCCAGCUUAAGCUUUUGGAAUUUCCUGUGUGGCGAGCGCGGUCUUGGUGCCUUUUGCUGUGUUAAUGAGGUGACUUUGGGGAAAGCCCUUAGGUCACCUGGAGAGGUGGGAGUUGGAACUGUCCCUUCCCACUGGCCUGACCUCCAGGGAGGGGAGAGAGGCUGCAGACAGCUCAAUCAGCCACGGCAAGUGAUUUAACCAAUGGCAUCCGCGUCAUGCUCAAAAAUACAGAAGGAUGGGGUUAGAAGCUUCUAGACUGGUGAGCGAGUGAAAGUCCUGAGAGAGUGCUCACCCGUGGAGAAAACACCGAGUCAGGUUGAUGGAACAUCCCUCACCACCACUUCUGGUUAGGUGCUGCCUGACUCAUACUGGUUUUUGUUCAAAUAAAGUCUC